AUGGAGAUGGAAGAGGAGGACCCAGAAGGACCUGGAAUUGGCAAGGGCUCAAGCAAAGGUCUCCAUCACCUCCAAGCAGGAAGUGGUGCUGAUAUUGGGGAAACUUCUGUGCCAGAGAGCUUGGCUCACGAUGCUACGUCCUCAGAUGUAUGCAGACGACGCUUCCGGCAGUUCUGCUACCACGAGGCUGAUGGGCCCCGAGAGGUUUGCAGCCGGCUCCAUGGACUUUGCAGCCAGUGGCUGGAGCCGGAGAGGCACACCAAGAAGCAGAUCGUGGACCUGGUGAUCCUGGAGCAGUUCCUGACUCUCCUGCCCCAGGAAAUGCAGGGCUGGGUCAGAGGAUGUGGGCCGGAGACCAGUUCCCAGGCGGUGGCCCUGGCCGAAGGUUUCCUCCUGAGCCAGGCAGAGGAGAAGAGGCAGGCAGAACAGGUGAGGGAGCUUCAUGCUGUCCUUUCAAGCUGUGAUCUUCCACCUUAGCCUAAGGCCUCCCUGCCCAAUAUGUAUCCCUCCAGACACUUCCCCAGGGUUGCUAGACAACCAGAACCCUGGUUCUUGCUGCUGUGGUUGAA